GACAAACGUUCCGUCUGAUUACACCAUGAAUUUGAAGUCUUCUUACUCUUGUUCGUUCCAGUUGCUCCUGCUCCUGCUGCUACAAAAUGCUGAUAAUGCAGCGUCGUUUUCCGUGGUUUCGACACCUUAUCGUUCGUCGUCUUCGAAGAAUCAUCGAGUUGCGGGCACGAGUAGCCUCCACUCCCGGACAACACGCGAUGUCGUUCUUUACUCCACUAACGAAGGCAAGGAGCCUGUAAGCGAAGAACAAAAAGCUGAAGCCGUGGGGAACUUAGUCGAGAAUGACGAGUGGGAAGGGCUUACUAUGGAGCUCUCGGAAGUAAUCAAAAUGGCAGUGGUCGAAGACAUCAAGAAGAACACAGCAGAUUUCAUUGGGAAAGACAAUUACCAGGUCGGAGAUAUUACCAAAGAGAUCGAUAAUAGAGUCAAGAGCGAAAUUGCAAGCAUGCGCGGGAAUGAUGAAUACCAACUUGGUGACCUGAUUGUCGUGAUAGAUGGGAUGGUAAGUGGAACAAGGGAUGGAAGGUUUCUCGAAUAGACUUCCUUUCUGUGACUCGCAUCUUCAGCCGUCAUAGUUAGAGAUCUCGUUCUCAUUAGUUCUGUAUCGUCGUUAGGCAAAGGACAUGACCGAAGAAAUGACGGGAAAACCCUACGAGGCCGGAGAUUUGUCGAAAGAGAUCGACUCUCGUGUGAAAGGCACCGUGGCUUCCUUCUGUGGAAAAGACGAGUACGAAUUUGGCGAUCUCACACAAGAGAUUGAUAGACGUGUCAAAGACAGAGUAUCUGACUAUAUUGGCAAAGACGAGUACGAGUUUGGUGAUAUUACGAGGGAAGUCGAGAAGAGACGACGAGAAUGGGUGAAAGGUUAUCUGGGAGAAGAUGCCGCUAAGAACUAUAAGUUUGGCGAUCUCACGAUGCAGGCAUUGAAAAAUAUUUCUGGAGACGAUGAUUAUCAGGUACGCAUCAAAUGAUUCCCUUGUUGAAURGUGGAGUUUGAGAUGCACUUCUGGUUGCUCGUAAUUUUCCUAACUGCGCCUCCACCCCCAAAUCUAUUAUUUUCUCAGUUCGGAGACCUCACGAAGAAAUUUGUGGGAAACAUUUUCGGGAAGAAGAAGCUCAAAUAGAUACCAUUUUCAAAUUUGAUUGGACAUGUUUCGAAAACAGUCAGAAAAGAAAUCAAAGAGCGAAAACUUUUGAUGAAAAAUGACCAACGAUGGAAAAUGUCGAACAACUCAUUUAUUGUUGAUCAUGGAGACUUUCAUGUCUUUGAUCGAAACCACGAAAUCAAUUGUGGCACCUCAAUACAAAGUUACUGCCAAGGCACCUCUUGAACGAAAGAUAUUUCAAUGUAUGGCUCAAUAACAAAGCAUAGUUAUGACU